AUGAGUUACUAUUCUGAGAAUAGUCUUUCAAAUAAUGUAACUGAUGUAUCUAAUUCUUUUUUUUCGGCUGAAGAACAUUCAAUUUUGAGCAAACAUAGUUUUUCUUCUAAGACUUGUGAUAUAGAUCCGUCUUCAAAGACUGUUUAUAUUGAAAAUACAAAGGCCUUUCGGAGAUGGACAAUUAUUUAUCCUAUAUAUUUUGAUGUCAAACGUUCUAUUAAAGAAGGGCGUAAAGUCCCUGUUAAUAUGGCAGUGGCAAAUCCUUUAGCAAAAACAAUAGCAAACGGUGCAAAAUCACUUGGUUUUUUAUGUAUUUUUGAGUCAAAUAAAACACAUCCUAAGGACUGGGCUAAUCCUGGCCGUAUACGUAUUUUUUUUAAGGAAAAUGGAAAUUAUGUUCAUAAAUCACUAAAAACAAAAAAAGCUUUAUAUAAGGCGUUAUCGAGUUAUCUUCAAGCUAAUCCAACUAAAACAACUUCUCUAGAUGCAUCUACAUCACCAUCUAAUAAAUUCUUAUCCUCAUUAAAUAUACCUAAAGGAGUUGUGAUAAAUAGCAUUUUGCCGUUAAAUUCACCUGCGUUAGUUAAUGAUGAAUUUUUAGAAAAAAUGCUCAAAGAUAUGACUAAAGAGCAAAAACAGGAUAUUGAACAAUCAAAACAAAAGAAAGAAAAGAAAAAAAAACAUCAAAAAUGA